AUGAAGCUUGCUGUCAUGUUCCUGGGGCUCUGUGUGGCCCUGGUAAGCCACUCUGCUGCUGCUUCAAUUAUAAGCUCAAUGCUCAAGCCUGUGGCCCAACCUGUAGCUUCUAUCCCCGCUGCAGCGGAGGCUGUGGUCAACCCUCUUCUCAGACCCUUCAACCCACUAAAGUUCAUGCUGGCCAGCAUGGGGAUCCCAGUGGAUCACCUCAUAGAGGGGUCCAAGAAGUGUGUGGCUGAGCUGGGACCUGAAGCUAUGGUGGCCCUGAAGGCUCUGCUGGGAGCUCUGACAUUCUUUGGAUGA